AUGCCCGAUCGAACCUUACCCGACAUUCUUAUGCCGGGAAAUGGCGGCUCUGGAAGUCCUCGUCCCUGGGGAAAUGGCCAGGGAUCAAAUUCACAAAAUAACUCGCCAAUAUCUCCCAUUGAAGGGCAUUCACCUUUUGAACGCGCCCCGCCAGGCGGUACUCCCCUAUCCAUUGCGGCGCCUGCGCCAACAUAUCAGCCUGACAACCGUGUUGGGAGAAAUCCUCCGGAAUCCGAAGAAAGGCACGAAUCUGAUGAACAACGUGAUAUCUCAACACCCAGGGAAAGGUCUCGGCCAAGUCGACGCACUUGCAAAAAGUGCGGCGAACCUCUGACGGGACAAUUCGUGCGCGCUUUAAAUGGGACGUUUCAUUUGGAAUGCUUUAAAUGUCAUGAUUGCGGGAAAGUUGUUGCUUCCAAGUUCUUCCCCGUCGACGCCGAGGACGGCAGCGGACAAUACCCACUAUGUGAGACGGAUUAUUUCCGACGACUGAAUCUCCUGUGCCAUGAGUGUGGUGGUGCAUUAAGAGGAUCCUAUAUCACAGCUCUCGAUCGCAAAUACCAUAUUGAACAUUUCACUUGCUCAGUCUGUCCAACUGUCUUCGGUGCCCAAGACUCCUACUACGAACAUGAAGGGAAUGUGUACUGUCACUAUCAUUAUUCGACUCGAUUCGCUCAAAAGUGUAACGGGUGCCAUACUGCGAUCCUCAAACAAUUCGUUGAAAUAUUCCGUAACGGUCAGAACCAACAUUGGCACCCGGAGUGCUACAUGAUUCAUAAAUUCUGGAAUGUAAGACUGGCACCAGCCGGCCAACUUCUGGACAAUGAGACACCAGAUAGUGAAGCAACAGAUCUUGACCGUGAAAUGAUCCGAAAACGGGAAGAACAGAUGGAAGAGAAGGUUUAUAAGAUUUGGAGUAUCUUGUCGACAUUCGAAGAAUCAUCGGCUGCUUGCAUAUCGGAGAUGCUUCUCCAUGUUAGCAAUGGCGCUUAUAUGGAUGGAGUUUUAGUCGCCAAGAGCUUCAUUUCGCAUGUAGAGAUUCUUUUUGCGGCUAUAGAUAUGCUGGCUGUGCUGUUGAAAGAACAAGGAUUGAAAGAUCUGUCAUACGCGCGGGAGGCAAAAUUGUUGUGCAAGAAAAUUGUCGCUUUCUUUUCGCUUUUAUCAAAGACACAAGAAACUGGAGUGAGGAAACUUGGCGUUACACAAGAGCUUCUGUCUCUGGUUACCGGUCUCGCUCAUUAUCUUAAGCUUCUUAUUCGUAUUGGCCUGCAGGGUGCUUUGAAGCUUGAACGAGAAAGAGAUACAGUCCAAGGUCUUUUCGGAUUCCUCAACCAUCUAGAGGGCAGCCUUCAAAGUCUCAAAGUUUCCGAGGAGGCACCGACAGAUCUUAUGUCUGGCGUUUCUACUUUGGCAGAUCAAUACUCUGAUUGCUGUACAGCAUGUAAAGAGCCUAUUGAUGAUGCGUGCAUUAUACUGGAUGACAAGAGGUGGCAUAUCAAACCCCCUCACCUCGUUUGCAGUAAUUGCCAGAAAGACCUUACUGGGGACCUUUUGGAGGCCAUGUGGAGUGAUAAGGACCACCGUUCAUUCUGCAGUAACUGUGCUCUUCACUUAGGCCGAGCACCGGAUGCUCGAGGCGGGUUCAAAAACGUCACAAAGCUUGUCCAGUACGUAUUUUUGUUGCAAGUCGCACUUGCGAGGCUACUCUCCGUAUUACGAUCCAGUGGCACCCUUCCACACAGCACAGACGACCCUAAUCUCAACGAGUAUGAUGCAAACGAAGGCCACCGCGUGGAAGGCGGCGCAGGAUUAACAGCCGAAGGCGGCCCAAGGGCAGCAAAUACUCGCUCUAAAUCUUUCACAGUGGCAUCCUCUAAGAGUGAAGAAUCAUCCUCCUUAGAGCAGACGGUUGGUGAGAUGCGUCGGCUGAGGUCUAUCCGCAAUGAGAGAACUUUGUCUACUACCUACAAAAAGGCACGAGCAUCAAGGAUCAUCGACGGCCCUGAAGGAAGGAGUGUACGCCCGGGAUCCUCAGGUGGUGAUGGUACCGACCCUAGGAAUCCUGGUUUUCAAAUAAUCGAAGAGAAGGACUCGAAUGGAGAACCGGUGAAUGAAUUACAUUUCGGUCAUCAGGAUGCACUGACCUUGGACGAUAUACCUCGUAUUGUGGCUGCAGAACAAGCCAAAGAACAGCGACCUAACGCGUCUAGAUACGCCGGGAGUAAUCUUGUUAAUUCAGAGGAUUAUCAAGCUAGGUAUAUUCCAGGCCAUCGCCGGGAAGUGUCUGGUGGUCCAGACCAAGUUCCUAAUGACAGCUCCGGGAUGAAACCGAAGAAAUACUUCUCAGAACUGACUGCUCUCGAAUACUUUAUUGUCAGACACGUUGCGGUGCUUUCUAUGGAGCCACUUCUGGAAGGCCACUUUAAUCUGGAGGAGCUAUUGUCCUUGAUCGAAUCACGCAAACCUACUGUAUGGAAUCUGUUUGGACGUGCAUUCAACAAGGAGGGCAAGAAGGUCGGCAAGAAGAAAGGUGUAUUCGGUGUCAGUCUUAAUAUUCUCGUCGAAAAAGAGGGCGCCGAGUCUACACAUGGAGUUGGUCCGGGUGCCUUGCGAAUCCCUGUCCUCAUUGAUGAUGCCGUGUCAGCAAUGCGGCAGAUGGACAUGUCGGUAGAGGGAGUUUUCCGGAAGAACGGCAAUAUUCGACGAUUGAAGGAACUGGCAGAAUUAAUCGAUAACAAAUACGAACAAGUCGAUUUGAGUCGCGAGAGUCCAGUUCAGGUGGCUGCUUUGGUGAAAAAAUUCCUUCGUGAAAUGCCAGAUCCUCUCUUGACAUUCAAACUUCACCGUCUUUUUGUUAUUUCACAGAAAAUAGCCGACCCCGAGAAACGAAAGCGCAUAUUGCACUUGACCUGCUGCUUGUUACCUAAGGCUCAUCGUGACACGAUGGAAGUUCUGUUUGCUUUCCUGAACUGGGCGGCUUCAUUUUCUCAUGUGGACGAGGAGUCUGGCAGCAAGAUGGAUAUUCACAAUUUGGCCACUGUCAUGACACCGAAUAUUCUAUAUCCUAAUACGAAGACGGCUAGCAUGGACGAGAGCUUCUUGGCUAUUGAAGCAGUGACCACCCUGAUUGCAUAUAAUGAUGUCAUGUGCGAGGUUCCCGAGGAUCUUCAAUCGAUUCUCAAUGACACGAGCUUCUUUAAGGACAGUGCCGAUAUCACCACCAAAGAGAUUCUCAAAAGAUACGGUGACUUUGGCAAGGGUGUUGUUGCUCAACGAGUGACGCCGAAUAUUGAAAGUGGGUCCGGAUCUACUCGUGGCACUAAUACGCCCGUCACAGCUCGCAUUGAAACCGAUCCUUCGCAAGCAGCAGCAUGGCAGAUGCAAAGCUCCGUUCGACAUGUCCAAGCGUCAGGGGGACCAGCUUAUACGGCAAUGCCUACCAAUCAUCAAGGAGGCGAGAAUGGUGCACCGGAACAAUAUCGCGCUCGAAGUCCAAGUACGGACAGUCAGAGGCAAGCUAUGGGCCAACCUUCCGAAGCAGAUGCCGAACCGCUUCCGUAUCGUCCUCAUCCCGGUACAGGGCCAAUGGGAGUGGCUGGUUGACCAGUCAAGAUGUCUUUUUCAAUUAUACCACAGCGCACGUUUUUCCCUUUUUAUUUAUUUUCUUUUCUUUUGCACGGGUGCAACAUUUCCCAAACAGUCUAGCGUUUUUGCUGACAGUGGGUGCUUGCUAAGGAAGAAGGCGUUGAUUCGUAUUUACUUAGUAACGAGGCCAUUGCAUUGGUUAGCCAGCAUGACAGGCGUGAAAUAAUUUCUUCUUCUUUUGUUGCUUUGCUUGGUUUUUUCUUCGAAAAAAGAGGGUAUUAUGCAAGCGCAACCUAUUUCGUUUUGUCUUGUCUUCUUUUUUUUUUUUUCGUUCUAAUAUUCUCCCUUUUGGAAUGGGCAUGGCCGAAGCAUUCCUGACGCUGUUUUAAUUUCUCUCUUCUCUCUUUGGAAGGUGAAGAUUAUAUUCAUACUUGAGAGAGUUAUGCAUCGCAAGUUUUUUCGAGAUGCUUUACUUUAUAACCCUUUUUUUGUUUUAUCCACUGCUUGAUACGAUUCGAUUCCCGAUAAGAGGCUACUUUACUUGUUAUAGG